AUGGCGAUGAUGAUGGCUGGCCGUGUGCUGCUGGUGUGUGCCCUCUGCGUGCUGUGGUGCGGUGCUGCAAUGGUGAUGGCGGAGGCCAAUGUCGAUAAAGGUACCGAAAUGAGAAAAGAUGAAAAAUUAGACAGUUCUCAGCUUGUUGCUGGUAUUGUUGGUGCUGAACAACAUGUAACGCAGGAUUCAGUCAAGGAAGGCUCCGAAAACGGUAAUAAGUUUUUGAGUGCACAAACAGGAAAUGGCAUCAGCCAGGAUAAUGGUGUGAUCAUGGUAUCACCAGCAAGCACAGUGAGAGGGGAAGAAGAAGAAGAAGAAAUUGAGGAACUCAAAAGUUCAAUUGAAAGCGAAGAAAAAUCCCAAUUAACAUUCCCGCAAGAAGGAGUACCACCACCAUCAGAACCAUUAGCAACGACACUGAAUGGAAACCCAGGAGGAACUUUAAAUACAACACCGGCGAAAGGACAGUCCAGCUCUGAUGACGGAUCCGCCCAGGAAGAAGGACUCAAAUUACCAACAAGAAAAGCACCUGCAGCAGCGGCAGAAGCAACGACACAAGCAAAAGAUGAAAACCCCUCCUUUGCAGAUGACCCUUCAGUGCAACAUGUAGAAGCAUCUCAACACGACAUGGAGUCAAGAAGUGCCUCACGAAAAGAAGGAACCAUCCCCACCACAGUCACGAAAACAGACGGACCAACAGAAGUUAACGCCGAAUCAACUCCAACAUCACCCUCAGCUUCCAAAAGUGCCAUUACAAAUGACGCUGACAAAAGCCAUGAAGAAGGCAUUCCAAAAAAUGAUCAAGCAGCUGAUGGUGAAGCGAAGAAAGAAGAACAACAAGAUGAAAAUAAAGAAGAAAAUACAAAUAAAACAGCAAAUGCCGAAGCCGCAGCUAUAACAAAUGAUACUGCGACUAUUGGCGACAGUGACGGCAGCACCGCGGUCUCCCACACCACCUCCCCUUUUUUGCUUCUUCUUCUUCUUGUUGUCGCGUGUGCGGCUGCGGUGGUGGCCGCGUGA